AUGGUUGACACCCAGGGAGCACCGCCAGGCGCAGCGCCCAUCGCCUCGGCACCCCUCCUCCCUGUCCCGCCCUACACCCUCGACCCGCUCCUCUUCCCCGCGUUGCCCCAGGACGAUGCCUUCAACUCACCCAACCCAAACUCGCCCGCGGCCCUCUCGCAGCUGCACAACAAGGCCGUGCGGUGCGCAGAGGGAGACCGCGACAACCUCUACGUCGGCACCUCGGACGGCGUCGUCCACGCCUACGCCCUCAUCCCGCCUCCAAACGCCUCCAGCAGCAGCAAGCGCACGGCCGCACCGCGCUACCGCUUGCAGCUCAGCAGGCUCAUCUCCAACAACGCAAAGCCCGUCGAAAAGAUCCUCCUCCUCGCCGACCUGCCCCUCGCCGCCGUCCUGUGCGAGGGCGUGCUCAGCUUCUACACCCUCCCCUCCUGGACGCCCGCCCGCGGCCUGCCCUCGACCCGCGCCGUCAGCACCGUCGUCCUCGACGACGAUGAGCUCAUCAACAAUUGUGGUCUCGACGGCUUCGGCAUGGUCAGCCUCUGCAUCGUGCGCCGCAAAAACAUCCUCCUGGCAAAGGUCGGGCAGAACGACAAUCGCGACCCCACCUGGGCGGUUAUCAAGGAUAUCCCGCUGCCUGGCGGCGCCAUCAUCGCACGCCGGCACGGCGACGCCCUCUGCAUCGCCAACACCACCGAGUACAGCCUGGUCAACCUCUCGGACGCCACCAUCACGCAGCUGCACCUGCCCAUCAGUCAGACGGGCGAGUCUCCCUCGGCCCAGGUGCGGCCGUCGAUCGUUUCGAUCCCCGUAUCGCCGCCCCGCGGGUCUGGACCAUCGUCCUCGUCGACGGCCAGCGCCGCCGACCUGCCCAAGUGCGAGUUUCUGGUCACGUCUCACUCGGGCUCCAUCACCCUCGGCGUCUUUGUCACGCCGUCUGGCGACCCGACGCCGAAGCUGCUCGAGUGGCCCAGCCACCCGCGCUCGCUGGUGUACGCGUCCGACUACGUCUUCUCGCUGCUGAGGAACGACACUAUCGAGGUCCACGACGUGCGCAACGACGUCAUGGAAAAAGUUCAGACCGAGCACCUGCCUCCGGGCGUCGAGCCGCGAUUCCUCACCGCCUUCCCAACAGCCGCAGGUCCUGACCUCGGUACAAGCGAGCAGGUUGAUGGCACGUACGGCGGCCUCGACAUUGUCAAGGUAGAUCUCGACGCCCCUUCGACGUCGAGUCUGCUGCAUCGGCAGGGCGGGGAUGGCGACUCGGCUCAGAGGCGCAGCCAGGUUGUCCUGUGCGGGCGCAACUCGAUCCACACGCUGGAUCAAGACUCGCUGAUGGACUGGGGUCUGGGACUGCUCAAGAGAGGCCACCUGGCAUCGUUGGAGGAGGCCCUCCUGACUGUCGCAGAAGAACAGCGUCAGCAUCGCCAGGUCGGGCACAGGAACAAGGCAGAUGCGGCAGCGCGGCUACGCACCUUGCAGUACAGCCUUUUGUUGCAGGCGCUCACCCUCGAAUACCUGCAACGGGCCCGCUUCUGGGACGCCGGCGAGACCUUUUCCAGGAGCGGAGGGGAUCCAAGGCUGCUGAUCGCAUUCUCCGGCGAGUCCGACGGCGGGCGUUCGAACGGUUCUCGGCACACCCAAGAUGCCUCGGAAGCGUCGACAGGCAGCGCGAGAAGGGAGGCCAUCGUGCCCGCGGCAUUGCGUGAGCACAUGGAGCGCUUCUGCACGGGAGGGCAGGGCAGCCUGUGCACUGUCGAAGACCUGAUACGCCGCAACUUGGCCAUGAACUACUGCCCGCCCCUCGAUGCCGAGGCGGAUCCAGUGCUCUUGGAGCUUGCGGAUGUCCUCACCGGGCGGGCAUCGGACAUGCUGCUGACCGUGCUGCGGUCGUGGCGCACGGCUGCCGCCGGGCACCAGGAGACGCCCGAGGAGUCGGAGAGAGAGUGGUGUGGCUUCACCAUGGACGACCGGAUGCGGGAACGCGUGGCCGCAACGGUCGACGGGACGCUGUUGAAGCUGCUGGCGGAACGUGCCAGCACAGGGCACGAUCCGGCCGGGCUCGACAGCCUCCUCAGCGAAGAACUGGCGUGCUCGGCCGAAUUGGUCACCGAGGUCCUCGAGGGACGCUCGUACCUUUCGAUGCUGGCGGAUGUCUACCUCAGACAGCAGAGAUGGGGCGAGGUGUUGGAGAUCUGGACGGGUCUGAUCGACGGGCGCAGCGAGGAUCGCAGUCCUCGUCGAAGCCAGGACGACAGCCACCAACCGACGAUAGAGGACGUGGCAAAGCUGCUGGCGACUAUCGAGGACCCCCUGCUGACCACCAGGUUCGGCAAGUGGCUCGUCAAGAAGGAUCCCAAGGCCGGUGUCGAGAUCCUCACGAGGUCGGGCGCCGGCACCAAUAUCGCAGCCGGCGGCAAUGGCGGGGCAGCGCCGAGGAACACAAAGGAGAAGGAGCUCGCUGCUCUCGAGGGACACCGCGCGACGCUGGCCGAGAUCGAGGCGAUCGAUACCAAUGCGGCCGAUGGCUUUGUCGAGAACAUUGUCCUGGCGGCCACCAAGAUCCAGGAUGCGGAGAUGCACGAACGCCUGCUGAGGGUUCUCGUGCGCAGGGUCGAGCAGCACCUCUCUGAUGCCGAGCGGCGGGCUACGCACGUAGAGACGGCGACCGACUACGCGGCAGGAUCCUUUGCCGAGUCGUUCUUUGCCCACCUCGCGCUGGCCGUCGCCUCUCAACCUGGCGGUGCGGACCGCCUCAAGCUGGCAAUGUUUCUCCAGGGCUCGGCGGUGCUCGACCUCGAUAGGGCUCUCGAGGCAGUGAGCCACCUGAACACUCUCGCGUACGAGCGGGCCAUCGUUCUGGGCAAGCUGGGCCGGGAUCGAGAGGCCCUCGAGCUGCUGGCCAUUGAGCUGCGAGACGCCAAUUCCGCCGAGGCGUAUUGCUCUCAGGAUGGAGCGGUGCUCUCGCCGAUGCUGGCGGGCAGCGUGGCCGAGGAGAGCCCGGAGCUGCAGCCGUACGCUGCGCUCGUCAGCCGCGCCCAUCAACAGCGCAGCCGUGCCGCCGUCAAGAACGCGCACAAGGACGUGGCUCAGGCGCGGCUGCGCAAAGAGGAGCUGCUCAAGACGCUGCUGACAAUCUACAUGGAGAACGGCAAAGACCAGAGCUUCCGUACUGCGACGGCGCACCUGCUCAACACGCAGGCGCUGUACCUCGACUCUGUCGAGAUCCUGCGCCUUGUGCCCGACGACUGGCCGCUAUCGACGCUCGAGACGUUUCUGUCGCAGUCGCUGCGGCGGCAGCGGCAUCGGCGGGCCGAGGCCGAGGUGACGCGGUCGAUUGCCGUGUGCCGCGACUUUGACGUGGCCGAAGACUCGUGGGCGAGGCUGAGGGCCAUGGGCGGCGUGCUGCAAGACACCGACGACGUCGACGGAGACGACGCAGGCAGCUUGGGCGGUGCUGCACAGAGGCGAGGCGGCGAGGAGAGCGACGAUGCCACAGUGGCCGUCACCGAGAAGAGGGAAAAGAGCGGGGGCGGCGACAACGCCGACGACCGGGGCGAAAAGGCUGGCACCGUGGUGGCGCCUGGACGGCUGCCGCCGACCAAGACAGAGGUGCACGAUAUCGCCCUCGACGACCGGGACGAGGAUGCGGCAGCGUGGUAA